ACCUUAUCUAUCGAAUAAUCAAGUGCAGUGCACGUGGAUGCAGCGCCGUUUCGUAUGUUAUAAUUUUGUGAAAACGUGCAAUGUAUCAGUAUUUUGUUGUUAAAUGGCGUAAAUUUAUUAAUUGUUCAUAUUCUUACUAUGGAAUCUCUUGCUAAGUGUUGUUUUCUGGAGCAAUUGAUGCUUUAGUGUAUUGCAUAUAACCUAAAACCAUGGUUCGCUUUAAAAACAGAUACAUAAUAUUUGAAAUAACUGUUGGUGAUAAAUCUAACAAGCCUUUACAAUUAAAAACUAUGAUUUUGCAUAAUGCUAUUCAACAAAAAGUACAACAGUUGUAUGGUGAUUUUGGAGUUGCAGCGAUAAAAGCUGGUUUUAGCGCAAAGUAUUGCAAUAUACAUACAAAAAUUGCAUUAGUGAAAACCGGACAUGGCCCCCACAAAUUUUUACUAAAGGCUAUCCCAAUCAUAAAUGACAUAGCAGGACGUUUAGUAUCAGUAAAAAUACUUUACGUGGGUGCAACAUUGAAACAUUGUUUCCUCUUUAUCAAAAGAUAUCAACAACAAAAGCUGGAAAAAGUAUGGGGUACUCUUAAAACCGAAACAGAAAGGAAAAAUAUGGAGAACGCUUUAAUGACGCUAACUCCAGCCAUGAAAGACUGUACAUGAAAUAAACUUUCGUAAAGUAAAA